GGACAGCGUGCAGCAGCAUCGAUCAACGCCGUUCAUGGUUUGCCUCGGCACCGCGUCGUCGCUCGUGGCCCUGGCGGCGGCCUUCCUCCUGAUCUACUGCGCGGCGUCGUCGUCGAAGACGCUGGCCUCCGCCGCCCGCACGAUGACGGAGGUCCGGGCGUCGCCGUCGUGCGACCGGGCGCUGGGGCAGUGCGCGGCGGGGAGCGACGAGGAGGACGAGGUGGUGGUGGCGCGGCGGUCGAUGACGGCGCGGCAGCCCCGGGACCGGUACAUCAGCUACGCGGCGCUGCGGGCGGACCAGGUGCCCUGCAACCAGCGCGGCCGCUCCUACUACAGCAACUGCGGCGCGUCGCAGCAGCCCGCCAACCCCUACCGCCGAGGAUGCUCCGCCAUCACCCGCUGCGCGCGCAACACGAAAGAGGAAUGA